AUGGGCACCAAACAGGACCCAAAUAACGACCAGGUCCCUUCAGAUGUGCUGGUGCUCCCCAAAAUCAUUCAGGAAACCGUGGACUUGACGGAUGACCCGUCUAUCCAGGUGUUCACCUUUCGUUACGUGCUUCUCUCCACGUUGUUCAUCAUCCCUGGAGCUCUCAUCGACACCAUCAACUCGUACCGCACCACCUCUGCUGCCUACUCCAUUUUCUUUGUGCAAAUUGCCUGCCAUUGGCUCGGAAAAUGGCUUGCAAAAGUGCUUCCUCACAGAAGAGUCGAGGCUUUUGGCUUCGGUUUCGACCUCAAUCCUGGUCCCUGGUCCAUCAAGGAAACUGUCAUGGUCACCAUCACUGCCAACAGUGGUGCUACGGGCAAUUUGGCUACCAACGCAGUGUCUUUGGCUGAGUUGUACUUCGACGAAACAGUCCAUCCAGCCACUGCCAUUCUGUUCAUGCUUUCAAUUGUGUUUGUAGGGUACUCGUAUGCAGCCAUUGCCAAAGGCUUCUUGCUCUACGAUCCUCAGCUUCCCUGGCCUGGUGCCUUAAUGCAAACUGCCCUUUUCCAGACCCAGGCAAAGUCCGAUACUGACUCGAGAGACGGCUCCAGACAGAUGCGUGUAUUCUUCAUGGUUAUGACAGGAAUCACCAUGUGGCAGUUUUUCCCCGAGUUUCUCUUCCCACUCACCUCGUCGUUGGCAGUGUUGUGCUGGAUGGCACCCUACAACGAAACAGUCAAUUUUAUCGGCUCUGGUAUGGGAGGCAUGGGGGUGUUGAAUCUCUCGCUCGACUGGGCCAACAUAACCUCGUCUAUCAUGUUAUAUCCGUACUGGAUCCAGGUGAUCAAGUUCGUGGCUUUCGUUUUGGGAGCAUGGAUUAUGAUUCCUCUCGUCAAAUGGGGCAAUUUGGGCACUUUUGAGCACGGAUUGAUGUCAAACAGCCUCUUCCUUUCCAACGGAACACGGUACCCUGUGGACGAGCUCCUCACGGCCAAUUUGACCUUGAACACCACCGCCUACCAACACUAUGGACCCGUAAAUUUGGGGGCCCAAAGAGCCUGGAACAUGUUCUUUGACUACGCAGCGUACGUCAGUGGCAUUGUGUGGUUGGUUCUCUUUGGCUACGACAAGUUCCGGGUCUCCUACAAUAAUUUUAAAACCAAGACCGUGUUCUCGGAUCGUCUCAACAAGUUGAAUGCUUGCUACGAAGAGGUGCCUCGCCUGUGGUACGUGGUGUUGUUUGCCAUAUCGUUUAUGACGUUGAUGGUCAUCUUCCUUUCAGGCCAGAUGUUCAUGCCUUGGUGGUGUGUGCUUGUUGCUCUCAUGAUGGGCUCGGUGAUCGUCACACCAUUGGCGUGGCUCUACGCCCUUUCCAACUUCCAAUUGGCCAUCGGGACUUUCAACGAGUUGGUAUACGGCUACAUGAUCCAAAACUACCACUACAAGCACCCAGCAGGAGCGUUGGUAUUUGGUUCUGUGGCAGGUAAUGCCUGGUACCGUGCCCAGCACCAUUUGCAUUGUAUGAGGCUUGGAUUCUACAACCACAUACCUCCCAAGGCAGUGUUUUUCUCCCAGUUAUAUGGCGAAUUGAUAGGUGUUCCUAUCAACUACUUGGGGCUCCGAUGGGUGUUGAGCACCAAAAAAGAGUACUUGAACGGAACCAAGAUCGACCCUCUCCACCAAUGGACAGGACAAAGCAUCCAGGCCAUGCACACCAACGCCAUCCAAUACGUGGUGCUCGGUCCUUCCAUCCUCUUUUCGCGCUAUCCUUUGCUUCCGUAUGGGUUUGCGCUCGGACUUUUUGCACCCAUCGCAUUAUUCAUGUUGCAUAAGAAAUAUCCUAAUUCCAGGAUGAAUUUUGACUUGUGGAACACCACUGUGUUUUUCUCCAGCAUGAGCACCUUCUACGGUAACCUUUCGACGGGUCAUCUCUCCAAGUUCAUUGGCGGAACGGUUGCCAUGUUCUGGGGGUUCAGAUACAGGCAUGACGUGUGGAAGAAGUACAAUUACAUCCUUGCUGCUGCAUUAGACACUGGUUACAACUUAGCAAUUCUUCUUAUCUUUUUGCUCUUUUCGUGGGGUAAGCAGGUCGACAUGCCGCAUUGGUGGGGAAAUAACGAGAAGAGCGUGGAAAGAUGCUUUGCCAUGUAA